UUUUGUUGUUUCAUAACCUAACUACAUUUCAGCUGGUUUUGGGAUUUAAUAAUUUCUUUUUAUUUAAAAAUGAAUGUACAAAGGGUUUUACAGCCGACAAACAUAAUAAAACAAGUGUUGCGUACCUAUGGCAAGCACAAUAAAAAAUAUUUAUACAAAGAUGGAAAGAAAUAUGGCAAAGUCAUAUACUACCCAAUGACGCCUGAUCAUGAAGAUCCACCGGUGGAACCAGCUAAAUUAUUUCGGGUACAACGUAUUAAACCUGUUAAAGGGAAUCCUUUUUGGGAGAAGCGUAUUCUGAAAGAUCUCGGACUUGAUGGCAAGCAAAGCGACUUCACAGUACUAAAGAACAUACCAGAUGUGAAUGCAAUGCUGUGGAAAAUAAAGCAUUUGAUCAAAGUGACGCCCGUUACUUUCCCGUAUGGUGAACCAACAGCGAAUGACCUCAAACACACAAUACUUAAGGAGAAUGGUGAAUGUAUUGUAACAAGAGAAAUUGGCCCUGUCGUACAGCGAUUGGAAGCUGCUGAAGCAUUCGAAACCGAUCCAAACCGUCUAGACACUGAUUUAUUAAAACGUGAUGCACGUAUGAAAUGGCUUAAUCCAUGGUAAAGCAAAAACGCCAUGUUAUUUAAAAUAUAGAAAUGUAUGAUACUUUAAUGUAAGAAAUGCUUACAAAUUAACUAAUAAACCCUAGGUUUUCAAUUAAUCCAAA